AGCGCAGCACUUAACGUGUACAAGGUGAGGUCCAUGUGUAACGCUUGCACUUUGCAUGUAGCACGAAGUCCGUCACUUUUGAAAGGACAUCUGGGACGGCUAUGGAGGCAAACAAAACCCGAGCGAAGAAGGAUUUUGCUACAAUCGUAUGAAGAUGAAGUUUCUUGUAGUUUUCAUUGCAACAUUGGUGGUCUUGGCUCCUUGGUCGCUUGCCAGUCUCGUGCAGGAUGUGUCUGCCGAUGAUGCGGAAGUUCUUCAAAGCGUGAGAUUGCUGACCUCUGUAGAAAGAAGAAGCAAUGGAGCGAACGAAUUUGUGCUGGUACAUGGUGCAUCUCACGGAGCGUGGUGUUGGUACAAGGUGGUCACGAUGCUCGAAACCAAAGGCUACAAGGUCACUGCCGUCGACUUAACGUCACUGGGCAGGAGCAAGGUCUCUGCUGACUCCGUCACCUCCAUGGUCCAAUAUGUAAAGCCUGCGGUGGACCACAUUACAAAUGCCAGUUCCAAGGUGAUACUCGUCGGCCAUAGCGCAGCUGGUACUGUGCUGGGCUAUAUUAUGGAACUAAUGCCCGAGAAGAUAGAAAAGGGCGUGUUUCUAGUAGCAAAUAUGCCUGCCUUCGGAAUUUUGAACUCUACAACCUACGCAUCGCCAAACAUGAGUAGCGUAGCGGAUUUCACUUAUGCUAAUGGGCCAUCAGCUCCACCCACUUCGAUUCUUUUCAAGCCGGAUUAUGCCCGUCAACGAUACUACAACCAGAGUCCCAAGAGGGAUGUCACUCUGGCUUUGUCGCUGCUGAGUCCGCAGCCCCUAACACCGUUGGUGGGAGUUUUUAAUUUCACCCCAGAGAGAUACGGUUCUGUCAGACGAUUCUACAUCCAGACAUUGAAUGACAAUACUUCUCCGGCCGCCUUUCAGGAAGGGAUUGUGAAAGCAAAUCCACCUGAACGACACUUUAAAAUAGACAGCGAUCAUUCCGCCUUCUUCAGCAAACCGUCUGAAGUGACUUGCAUACUGGAAGAAAUAUAUCAUUCUUAAAUAUUCCCGCAAAAGAUCCCAGCCCUUAUUAAACUUGUGGCUAGAUCAACCCCCGACUCUAUGACGGUCGGGGCCCUUCAUACGUAGACCCUUGGGGAAUCGCCUUUACUCACACCGUCAUGCGUUAUGUCUGAUAAAUUUUAGGGGAAAUUAAAUCAGUACAGUUACCAGUAUAAGUUUACAUGCAUUGGCCUGACUAUACCAAAUGAAAUUCCAAGAAGUUCCCUUGGCGUUCUCGCUAUGCUUUCUUCUGUACAGUAAACAUUCGGUUAAGUCCGCACUCAAUUCAAUUCUCAAGAGUGUAUUUUACAGAAAAUCAAAUAGUCAUUUGGCCACUA